AUGGGCUCGAUCGACACGGAUCAGCCCUGGACACUUGAAAACCCGAUUCGUCUUAUGAAUCAUCUAACUCUUCGAUCCGAAAAUUGUGAUGUGAUUUCCGAAGAGCUAGAUGAUUCGUAA